AUGCUGAGGUUUCGGGUUAGAUAAAAGAUAGCAUUUACUUAAAUCUAAAAUCAGUUUUUUUGUUGUUGUUUUUUAUUUUUUGGAUCAGUUGCGAUGCACCCAAACUGAAGUUAAAGUGGAAACACUUAGCACUUGGGUCUCCUACAAUAUUUUAAUCUAAGACUCGGCAGAGUUGUUGUGAAGACAUAUGGGAAAAGAAUGGCAAAAUUAGUACAGUGAUACCUGUCUGCUUCCCACCAGGAAGCAACUGGUUUCAAUUCAAGCUUAAAGGAACACUCCAGGCACCAUAAUUACUAUAGCUCACUUCUCCUCCCAUUGUCAUUAGUCAAGCCAUUUUUGAGCGGUUUGACUACUUACCAGAGUUAUGCCAGGGGAUGCCCUCCAUUACUAAUUCCAUUAGCUCCACUGAGCCCUGCAAUGCAGAGAUUAGCUCAUUGGUUGAGAGUGAUCAGCUGACACUCUCAGCCAAUAAGAUAAGUUGUGCAUUGCAGGGUUUCACUCAGGAGAGCUGAAGAAUGUUACUGCUGAGGAAAUUCUUGCUCUUGGGAGAUGGAAGAGGAGGUGUGGAGCAGGGACCACUGAUGAAAAGUCAAACCUUUCAAAAAUCGUUUCACUUCUCAUAAUGGUGGAGCAUCAAGGCACUCCUGGCAUCAAAACCACUACGUUUAGCUGUAGUGGUUAUGGUGCAUGGGGUGUUGCUUUGGUUACAGAUUAAACAAGCUGAUCAGUUUAAAUAACUGCUGUGGCCAAUGUCUUUACUCAGGGGUUACUGCCAAAGGUAUUGGUUAGCAGCCCAAAUUGCUGUAAAAUUAGGAUUUAAUUUUAAGUUUCAUUUGAAUACCCGAUAAUCCACACUGAAAUGAAUAACCAUGUGGUGUUUAUUUACUGAAGAGUGAACAGCAAAAUUGCAGAGAACAGCAAAAUUAACAAAAGUGGAUUUGUAAUAAAAAAUUAUAAUAAUUAGGCCUAUUUUUUUUCAAUUUUGGCAAUCCUAUGUGAUACUUAUUUUAUAACCCACAUAUUUGGCCUGUUAUUAAACAUUCUCUGUAUUUGUCUCGGUUAAGGUCUCUGCAGUCAGUGUGAAUUCUAUAUUUUUCAGGUUUUCAGGGAAAAAGCUAUUGGUCUUGGACAGAAAUUGUUACCAGCAUUCAGCACCCCUACGGGAAUUCCGCGUGGGAUCAUCAACCUUGGAAAGUAAGAAACCAGCAAACUUUAAAAUUGGAGCAUGUAAUUCAGUACUGUAAACUUCCUGAUUUUUACGUUUAGAACCAUUCUCAGACAAUUUUACAGUGAUAUAUCAUCAAACCAAAGAAUAGAUAUUAUACACACCUUGUGGACACUCACCAUUCCUGUCCUGUUCAGCAUGCAGUAGACACACUCGAGCUCAAAAUUGUAUAGUGUGUAGAAAUCACAUAGAACUACAGAAAGGGAAUUAGAAAUACAAACCCCAAGAAAAACAUUUAUGUACUAUGUAUUGUUAUUAACAUCAUUUGUAAAGCCAACAUUUUAGCAUAACUUACAAUUAUACAAGGAUGUCGUUUAACAAAAAAGUAAUCGACAGACAAAAAUAAUGUUAACAGAUAGAUCAAGUGAAGAAGGCACAAAUGAGUUUAUAAUCUAGGAGGACGUUAUAAUAAUUUUUUGAUAACCCAGUCUAUUUGUACACUAUAAAACCAGAAAAAUGCUUUAUUAUUGUGACAUUUCUCACAUAUUAUUGGUCAUAAUUCAGGGCAGUCCAAGACACAGCUUAACUAUUUAUCAGCCCUGAUCUGUUUUAAGGGAGCUGCACAUACUUUUUCUCUCAAUUACUGCUCCAGAAACUGCGUAUGCCAAACUUGUUAUAUUUCCAAAACAACUGAAAAAAAAAAUAUGUUCUGAAGAGAAAAUUAGCAUCCACAGCAAUUAAAACCUGUGUUUAAUUUGACAUAUAACAAAUACACUGACUAUACAUGAUGACUAAAGAUGUGGCUGUUUUGUAAGAAAUGGUGAUUAAGAUUUCCAUAAUAGAGUGACAUUAUUGAUCACAUAUUCAGCAAAGCUGGCCCCCUGAAUUAAUACAUACUUUCAUUGCCAAUCUCAGAUAUUUGGGAUCUGGUUAGAUGUGUGAUUAGUUUGCAGUUGUGUAUGUUCAAUGUCCUCAAUCCCCAAAGAGCUAUAUCUCAUGGCAGAUUGACAAGUAUUCAGACCUUUAACUCAGUAAUUACUUGAAGCACCUUUGGAAGUAACUGCAGGCCCAGGUUUUUUUUCGGUAUGACGCAACAAACUUUGCACACAUGAAAUUGAAUAGUUUCUGCUAUUCAUCUCUGCAUGUCCUCUCAAGUUCUGUCAGGCUGUAUGGGAACCAUCGGUGGACAUUAAUGUUUUAGGUCUUUCUAAAGAUGUACGAUUAGAGCCACUGAAGAAUAUUUACAGAGUUAUCCCUCAGCCACCCUUUGUGUUGUAUUGGCUCUGGGCUUAGGGUCAUUGUCCUGUUGGAAUUUGAACCUUUGGCCCAGUCUAAUGUCCUGAGUGCCACAGAAUAUGUUUUAAUUAAGCAUAUCUCGUAUUUCUUGUAUAUCAUAUCGUAUAUUGUAUAUCCCUGCCACUGAAAAACAAAAAAGGCAUGAUGCUACUACCAACAUGCUUCAAUGUUGGGAUAGUAUUGCACGGGUGAUGAGCAGUGCCUGGUUUUUCUCCAGACAUGAUGCUUUGAAUUGAGGCAAAAAAAGUUCAAUCUUCAUUUUAACAGACCAGAAAAUCUUCUUUCUUACAGCUUGAGAGUUGCACAUUCAAAGUGGUUGUCAUGUGUCUUUCAGUGAGGAGAGGCUUCUGUCUGGCCAGUUUGCCAUAAUGGCAAGAUCACUGGAGUGUUGCAGGGUUGUCUUUUUGCAAGUUUCUCCAAUCUCUAUACAUGAUUUCUGGAGCUCACCCAUAGUGACCAUCGUGAUCUUCUUCACCUUUCUUACCAAGGUCCUUCUACUCCGAUUGCUCAGUUUGGCUAGAUGGCCAGCUCUCAUAAGAGGUUAUUUUGCUUGCAGAGUUUUCAUAUUUAUAUGAAUGGCACAACAGAGAGAACAAUGGUUGCUCUCGAGCUUUCAUACUAUUAUAAAUAGUACAAAACCUUUGCUCACAGAGCUUUCAUUAUUAUAUUUAUGAAUGGUACAAUACAGAGAAAGGAUAUUCCUGCUCACACAAUGCAUAUUAUAAUAUGAAAGAUAAAUUGCACAAAUUUUCUUGAGAAUUUCUAUUUCUUUUUCUACUUCCUUUCCAUUCUUGGUUGUUUUGCGGUGGAUGGACUUCAAAACUUGUAUUUCUUUUUAUGCUUAUUUAAAAUGAAUAUGUCAUAAAUUAUAUGUAGUCAUGUUACACACUCUCUAGGCGUUAUAAAUUCUAUUUCCUUACCACAUUAAGCUUUUUUGAACCUGUGGAAAUUCUCACCUUUCUAAAAAUACACUUCUUAAAGGCUGGUACCGAUUACUGAACACAAAAGCAGUACAUUUAACACAGAAACAUGCUAAAACACUGGUAAUGUGCUUGCAUUUGAAAUUGUCCCAUUAAAAGGGAUGUGAUAUCUGUAUAACUCUUAAUUCCUUUUCUAAUUUGAUAGUGGGAACCUUAUAGAGGGAGAUGGAAAAAGCAUGGCAUAAUUCAUAAUACUUUUUUUUUAGCCAGAGACACUUAUUGUGCACAUGACAUUAUAGUCAGACCUCUUUACAUAUCUAAAAUUAGCAAACAACGGAUAAUUCAAAUGUAACAUAAUUAACGUUAAAAUACAUUUUACAGUAUGACAAACAGUUUUUACCUUUAUUCGAGUGACAGUACACGAAGAACAAUUAUAAAGUAUCUUAUUUUAUACAGACUAAUUGUAAACAUAUUUAAUGUCUUUUACUUUGAAAGAACACUCCAAAUUCCAUAAUCACUACAGCUGGCUGUAAUGGGUUUGUUGCCAGGAGUGAUCUAGCACAAACUGUUUUAGAACUUCUGUAGGCGUUACGGUGCUUGAAGUAUACCUUUAAAGGAUUGCUUCAAUCAUAAUAACCACUACAGCAAGCUGGUAUGGUAUGGUGCCUUGCCUAGUUCUCUGCUAAUGGAGCAAAUUGUAGCAAACUGUAUAGCCCUUACCUGGGUUCCUUCCUGCUGGUCCGGUGACAUGCUUUUGGCUUCUGCAGAGCUGCAGAAGCCAUGGCAGUCACCAUACAUUGACUGAGAGCGUCAGCUGACUGCUCUCAGCCAAUGACAGACAGUGUGCAAUGCAAGUUGCACAGAAUUAAUAUUAGCCAGCUUGGAACUCUACUUGCAGACUAGUUGAUAAAACCCCAGUGGAAUGAGUAUUAUUGCUGUGGAGUUCUGUUCUCAUCUCAAAAUGUUUAGUGUUUUUUCCAAAAGACAACAGAUAAUUUUUUUUGUCUGCCAGUUCAGUUUUUAUUACCUUCAUUUGGAUCAACAGCAGAAACACAGAUAUGUAAAACUUGAGGGUUUUUUUCCAAGCUAUAUUACUAUGUAACUAUGAAAGAGUAAUCAAAACUAUAACUUAGGAGAUGGAGACACUUGAAUCUCUUUUGUACUCUAUGGUUUUCAGUUCUUCAGUUCAGUUCUGCAGGCAAUUAUUUUUUACACAUCCUACAAUGUACUCAAAGAUUUUAAUGACGAUUAGCUUUCUUUGAUACAGAGCUAAGUGCUGUGUUAUCUGAUGUACAAAUCACUGCAAUGAUUUCUCUAUACUCAUUGAAAUGUUCUUGUUGUAUGGUUAUUUGUUUUGUAUUGUUUUAUAUAUAUUAUAACCUAUUUUUCAGUGGACUUAACUGGAGUUGGGGCUGGGCCUCUGCAGGAAGCAGUAUUUUAGCUGAAUUUGGCACUUUGCACUUGGAAUUUUUGCAGCUCAGUGAGUUGUCUGGGGACACAGUGUUUACAGAAAAGGUACGUACACUUACAUUAAAUGAAAUACCCGAUCACCAUGAUAACAGUGUCCUCAAGACAAAGCUGUAUGGUGAAUUGAAUAAUCUAAACCAUCAGGCAAUAUGGUUAUAUUAUGGAUCUUUUGCUUUUAAAAGAGUUAUUAUAAUAGGGAUUACAGCAGAGGGUGCAUUAUCUUUUCUUAAUAGUUGUUUUAUAUUUGGCCAGAGGACAUAAAUAUGACUUAUGAUAUCAUUAAGUAAGAGCUUUGGACAGUAAAAAAUAUACAAGAUAUCCACAAUUUCAUUGCCAUUAUUAAUAGCUGUUUUAACUAAUUAAUGCAGUUUAUGUCUAUUUCUUCAGGUUAAUACCAUUCGGAAAAUAUUAAAUAAAAUUGAGAAGCCUCAUGGACUCUACCCUAACUACUUCAGUCCAGUCAGUGGUAACUGGGUGCAACGUAUGUAGAAACUAUUUUUUUGUUUGUCCUAGAUUCUGUUUGCCUAAAUAUCUAUAGCUUCUAUUCUAUAUGUGUUUUCAGUAUGUGUUAAUAGUGCCAGUUGUACUGUGGAGUGAUAAGAUGGAGAAUAAAAUAAUAAAAUAAGCUACACAAUUAUUUUAAAGCUAAUUUACCAUGAAACUUGCAGAACCAACAGGGUUAGACCUUAAAGUUGGAAAUGUCAGGCAUUGAACUGAAUUUAACAUUUUGAAAAAAGAGCUUGCCAACUUAAACACAUAUAACAAUAUGUACCACUUAUAUACUGACAAAGGAAGAAGGCAAAAAGCAUAAUAAAACAUAACCUUCAAUAAUUGAAUAUGUUAAAAAUAUGAAUGUUUAAAGUAAAUUCAGGUACUUAUUUCGUUUUUGGUCAAUUUAAAAUUUGAAGUCAAAAUAACCAAAUUGAAAACAGAAUAAAUUCAGAAAAUAUUUCUGACCCUCUAAUUAUAAAUGGUUCUGUUUCUGGCCCUGGAGGUACGAUAUGCAUUGUUUAGGAUAACAGUACACAAGCACACGUGUAUCACAGAGCAGUAUUAUUGUCGUUAUUAUUAGUGCCUUCAGAUUCUGCAGUGCUGUACAAUAGGUGGACUAACAGAAAAGUAUUUGCAACAAGAUGCUUAGGAUGCACAGAAACAGAGGCUGUUGAGGGUCCUGCUCAAAAGAGCUUAUAUAAAACAGCACGAACAGGGACAACACGGAGUGACAUUCACUAGUAAGAGUUUAAUCAUGUGCAAAUUCAGCUGUGUGUGCAGUUUAGUGCAGUGCAUACACUUGCAUAGCAAGUAGUAUGUGCUUACAGUACCGAUUGCAGGCAAACCUCUGCUGGAUUGGUUAUAAAUUGUAUAAUUUGACUGUGUGCCAGGGAUGUUACAAUGCUAACAUUAAAAACAAAGCUGAAUUGAAUACCCUUUAAUCAUAAAUGCAUAAAAACAAGCUGGGCAUCCAUGUAAAUUAAAUGCCAGAUUACGUUCCUCAUCUCCUGUCCUGUAUAAAUUGCUUGUCACUUCUCUCUCCGCAGAUCAUGUGUCACUUGGAGGGCUUGGUGACAGCUUCUAUGAAUACUUAAUCAAAUCUUGGCUGAUGUCAGCAAAACGAGAUGAUGAAGCUAAGGACAUGUAUUAUGAAGCUGUAAAAGUAUGAUUUUUUUAAAACUACAUUCCAUGCAUAAUGUUCAAGCCAAAUAUAAUAUUUUUUUAUAGUUAUAUUGCGGUUAAUGCUGAUAAAUGAAACGCUGCAAGUUUAGGGAAAGCCAUAUGACACCCUUUUAAUAACUCUGAGUAGUACUAUUUCUGCCAAUUGCUUCAGCUAUAGUCAGUAAGAGUAUAAAACUGCAACGUCUACCGUUCAUGCCCACUAUAAAAAUGAAGAGUGUGAAAACACAAUAAUUGAUUGCAUCAGAAAACCAUCAGCAUUACAGCACUGAGCAGAGUUGCCAACCACCCAUAUAUAUACUGAUUAAGGUAAUUUCUAACAUGACUUUCAUAAUGUUUCAGGCAAUAGAAUUGCAUCUUAUCAAAAGGUCUCCUGGAGGUCUGACGUACAUUGCUGAGUGGAGAGGAGGCAUUCUGGACCACAAAAUGGGUCAUCUAACCUGUUUUGCGGCAGGCAUGUUGGCUCUUGGAGCACACGAUGCACCAGCAAAUAAGAAAGAUCAUUAUAUGAAAUUAGCGUCAGAGAUUGCCCGUACAUGCCAUGAAUCUUAUGUACGUACAGGUAUGAAAUGAAUUCUUCCUAUCCAGUCUUUCCUUUAUUUAUCUAGUGUUUAAAAAUGUAGACACUAUACUAUUCAUGUGACUUCAUAUACGUCAUGAUUUGUGUAUUGUUGUUUGUCCCUGCACCCUCUCAUCUCCUUGUGUGUGCCUCCUAACCCCUCUUACUCUAUUGUGUUUCUUUCUUAACCUCUUAACCAAUAGUGUGUCUCUUAUCCCUACUACUCUUUGUGUGCCUCUUAACUCCACCUCUUACCCCUUUUGUGUCUCCCCCUUUGUCAGGAUCUCUUAUCUUUUUCUUAUCCGAGUCCCCUGGCAUUCUCUGUGCCUUGUUGCAUACUCACACACCUCAGGGCUUUAUGGGCAGAUGAAUUCGGGCAAGAAUUGCGAAUUCGGGAUCUACUAGUGAAUUAGUCUGACAAAAUUCGGCACACAACGAUGACGUUUAUUAUGCUAAACAGUAGUUCUAUUGCCCAUGAAUUAUACAUAACUCUAGUUUGACCAAUAGAAAAUAGGCGCUACCUAUUUAUACUCACCUCCCCCACUCCAUGUUGCCCUCUUGUGGUUCUAGCAGCCCAAGAGUGUGUUCCUGAUUUCUCCUAUUACUGGUUUCUGAGUUUGGUCCGUUUUCUCAUUUCUUCUAAUCUCUGGUAUCCUUUGACUUUGGCUGCUCAUAUCGUUUAUCCGUAUCUCUCCUGUUCUUGACCUCGGCUUUCUUUCUGCCUACUCUGCAGUUUACCCGAUCAUUCUAAGGAUCGGUAUUCAUCUUAUCUAUUUGUUGUGUUAUAGUCUGUGGGUUUUGGUUCCACACUGAGCUUGACACCCUUAUCAGGUAUUAUCAGGAUCAAAAAAUAACUGAGACUUGAGUCCAAAAAUCGUUUGGUGUCUCCCAUGAUGGAACCAGCCAUUUACCUGCUUCACCACACUCAACCAGGGAUGCAAAGCUGCAAACAAUCCGUGAUCCCACGCCUACUGAAUGCAGCAAAAGUCGUGAUCCUAAUAUACUGGAGAAAACAACGAGCGCCGUCACUAUACAGAUGGGUUGAAGAGGUGGAAGACACAAAAGCCAAAGACUGUGAAAGACACACCCAAUGAUGGUUUUACUGGUUAGAGUUCCUAUCAUUGCCCGAUUAUACAAGAUUCCUCACUAAUCAGUAACCAUAGACAGCACUGAACAAACCCAAGCGGAGGAAGUACAGACGUCAGCACUCCUCUCCCCCCUCUCUUUUCUCCUUGCCCCCUCCUUUUUUUCUUCAUCUUCUUUCUCUGUCCUUUGUUCCCUACUUCACCCCCCCCUCCUUCCCAACUCACAUUGAGCACCAGCCCCAUUACUACAGUACUGAUUGAGUGAAACAAAUAUCUGGGGAAAUGAUAACUAAGCAAAUACAGCAAUGCUAAUUUUCAUUAUUUUUUUUUGGUGGUAAACUUUUUAUAAAUUUUUACAGAAAUAAAUUCUUCAACUACACUUUUGAAAUUUGGACUAUACUAUUUAGCUUUACUGCAGGCAAAAUAAAUAAUUGUUCAAUUUAAAUGUAAAUUAUAUUUUCAGAUAUAGAUCUUGUGAUAUUACACACAGAGGCAUUUGUAUAUCUCAACCAGACAAUCUAAGAUUGGUCCAGCUGACUUUUAAAUGACCCGCAGUACAUCAAGGCAGGGAUAUGAUUCAAUACUAAUGAAGAAAUGUGCUAAAGGGGUAAAAGUUGGAGAACGGACAGAAAGUAGGUUAAAGGGAUGACUCUAUAUUGAAAAGGGUGCAAAGGACAGAGGAAAAAGGGAAAACUACAUAGUACAAGAUGGAAAAAAGAAUAUGGGGAAAUAAAAACAAUGAUAUACUGACAUAAAUAAGAACAAAUAUAUAUUUAUUUUAUAAAAUAAUACAGUAGAGUACAAACUGUACUGUAAAAAGGUAUGCUGUAAAGAACAGUAUCUAUCCUUGUCAGGUUUACUGCUUGCCGCAUAAUUUGGGUCAGAAUGUUAUCUAUGCAACCUAUACCUAGUAUUAGAUAAAAAGGGACACUGAGUGAAGAAACACAAACUUGCAAUACUCGGAUACUUUAUUUAGUAAAGGAACACUGCAAGGUGCUUUAAGGUUUAAUUGCAUGUCCCCUCUGGCUUAUUUUACAAAAGUGAGGAUUUCAGCAGAAGUCAGCACUUUCAUAUAUCCCCUUAGUGAUACCUUUCAGCUCUCUCCCAGCACAUGGAAGUGGAAUUUAGUCAGGGUGAAAUUUGCAUUUCCUGUCUGGUUAUCUUCUUAUAACUUAAAGGGAUACUAUAGUGCCAGGAAUACAAAGCUGUAUUCUUGGCACUAUCAUCUCCCCUCCCUCACGCCCCUGGCUCCAUGGUAAAUAAAAAGGUAGACAGCCACUGAAGUCAGACUUAGAGCUGCAAUAUAAACAUUACAGUUUUGAUGGAACUGCAGUGUAUUGCAUGCACCCAGACCACUUCAAUAAGCUGAAGUAGUCUGGGUACCAAUAGUGUCCCUUUAAAAAGUAGCAUGUAAUAAGAAAAACUAUUUUAGUAGUAUACAGCAGACAACAAUUGAUCAGAGAUACGAUGGGCAUACAAUGCGAAAUCGCUGUGGCAAAAUUCGCAUUUGCAUCACAGAGACAGGGAUGUAAGACUUGGUAUCAGUGUAUAGUAAGCUGUACCAUGUAUCUCACAGCAGUAGCAUCUUCUUGUACAAAUGAGCAUUACAUUCGCCAGAGAAGACAUUUUUAGGCUUCCAGGUUCCAAAAUUUGAAUGUGCAUUAGAUUCAAUGGCGCAUUAUAUUCGCACAAAUAUGGCAGAUGGCCUGCACUACAUAGUAUGUUUAUAUUUUUAAGAUGUAUGUGAAAUAUUCACAAUGAUAAGAACAUGACUGUAUUAAAGGACACUAGAGCAUUAGGAAAACAAACCUGUAUUCUUAAAAUUUUAGUGUGCCUGUUCCUAGGUAUAGAGGUCCUCCCCAAGUGUGUUCCAAACAAUUAAUUUAAAAAAAAAAUGUUUUCUACUUAUCUUUUUCCAGUGCCAAUGCUCCUUCAGCUCUGUUUAUUGUGCCUGUUUCCCCAGUGUAUUACUCUGCUAUUUCAGAGAAGCACCUUCUGGCAGCCACUAGAGGCAGGUUUAUCCUGCAAUGUAAACACUGCCAUUUCAAUAGAAUGGCAAAGCUUUCAGCUUCAGGGUUAAGACCAGGGGACAUGGCACUCAGUCUACUUCAUUGUGAUAAAGUGUUUGGGUUCUUAUAGAGUUCAUUUAACUCCUUGCAACAUAUUAAAUGACAUCCUUCAUUAUUGAUAAAAUGCAGGGGUCUCUGAGCUAGAUUGUCUACUGAAUAGAGGAGUAACCGCUACACUAAAGCAAAAUACUGCAAAAAUCUAGUAACCUCAGCUAUAAUAAAUGGUUUCCUAAUAAACAGAUGCAAGUAGGAGGCAGAGAACCACAAAAUCCUGGCAACGAUGUUUCUCUUAAUCCCUCUACUAAUUUAUAAAUUGAUUGAGGUUCUAGGUAAAAAAGUAACAUACUAUCCUCUCACUCAUACAGUUACUUCAAUUGGAGUCCUGACAAGUUUGGAAGCUAGUGGAUUUUGAAAAAAAAAUAUCUCAAUAAAACUAAUAUAAUCUUAACGUGAAACAUAACAUGAAUAUGAGGCCAAAAAGGACACCUUAAGCACCAAAACAAUCUUAGUUUAAUUGGGUGGUUUAGGUGUAUAGACAUUUCUCACAACAUUUCAUACGGACAAAGAGGGACACUUUACAUUUUGUGUUAUAUAUGGGAUAAAUUUUGUGUGUGAGGGAGUGUCCAGGGGUGAGGCUCUUCUGAGAAUUUGUAGGCGAAUUACUUAUAAUUUAUGCAAAUAAAAUGUAAUUUAGAACAAUAACAGUGUUUUUUCCUUAACCAGGCUAAUUUCUAAACACUUAAAGUAGUUUAAAGACACAAUACUGGGAGUAUUAUUGCAGUGAAACUCUGUUAUACAGUUAGACAUACCAAAAAAAAAGUUUCUAAAAAAGAAGGUCAUUAGGAUAGGAAAGAGGGACAUAGGGGUUUAGAUACAAAAUAGUAGAUAUGUGCACUAGUGAAAUUUCUUUUUGUAUGAAUUAAUUCGUACUAAAUAAAAAUGUAAUCUGUCCAUUCCAAAUUUCAUUCGUAAACCAUUUGUUUUCGGAUGAAAUUUGGUUAAAAAAAAUAACUUGUUUUUGUCCAUUAGAAUGAAAAUACCACUGCGCAUGUGCAAAACAAAAAACAAAAAGCAAGGAGGGAUGCGUUAGUGCUACCAGCUCACUCCUUAAAUAAUAUUAAUUACUACCCCCCUCCCCUCCGCAUUAAAACCUAUAGGGAUCACUAUGACCCCCAUAUUAAUAAAAGGGAGGUUAAAUCCUCCCACAUGCCCCUACUCGGGCAUGUCGCCUAAACAGCCAGUGGUUGCUCGCUGUCAUUUAAAACUACUAAUGACUGGGCAGCUAUUGCAGCCCUGUCGCUAGUGCUGUUCCACCAUGGUGGGGAACCCAAAUAAAAAAAAUGGGGGGGAAAUGGGGGAGAAAUAGUGACCCGCGGGUGGGGGCUAUUAAUAUAAACGGGGGGACCUAGUGUCCCCCCCAGGCCCCCUCCCAUGACUGGCUGGUGGAGACCUUAAAUAUAUAAAUAAAUGGGGAUCACCUGUUGUACCCCACAGGUCCCCACCCAUGACCGGCAGGUGGGGACCUUAAUUAAAUAAAUAAUGGUCCAAAGAACUUUCCCAUGCUGUGUAAAAUGACUCAGAGCAAUCUGAUUGGCUCGAUUCCAAGCCAACCAAUCAGAAUGCUUUGACAGGUAAAUGUAGAGACUUACCUGUCAGUCUCUUCAUUUACCUGUCAGAGCACUCUGAUUGGUUGGCUUGGCCUCAACCAAUCAGAGUGCUCUGGGUAAAAUUGCAGGGUGUGGGAAGGCUUUAUAAGCCUUUCCCCGCCUUGUGGAGCUCAGUCUGUGCGGUGCACUCGCUGGGUGAAGAUGGAUUUUUUGUUAUAUCCCGGUGGGCGUGGGCGUCCCCAGCAGCCGGCCCUGUUCCUACGAAAACUAAUGCACAUGUCUGCAAAAUAGGGCCUGUCCCUCCUAAAUGGGAACACCUGGGAGACAUGGUAUUGAUCAUGCUCCUUUAGUCUAACUGAUCAAUUCUCUGCCAUUUAGGAUUAAAUCACUUUGCAUAAUCUAAUAUUUUGUUUUGGGUUGUUUUUUUUAGAGACCAAACUUGGACCUGAAGUAUUUAGGUUUGACUCUGGAGCUGAAGCCACAUCAACUCGGUUAAGUGAAAGAUAUUACCUUUUACGUCCAGAAGUGGUGGAAAGUUAUGUGUACUUGUGGAGAUUGACACAUGACCCCAGAUACAGAGAAUGGGGCUGGGAAAUUGUACAGGUAGGAAAAUAUCAGUAUUACUUGAAUGGAUAUUUACUGUCAAACACCGACAAACAAGCAGAGUUAUUCACCACAGUAAGAAUUGUCAAGAAUCCAAAGCGAAUUUCACAUUUAAGGACAAUAUAGCCAAACUAGAAUAAUUUUCCAAGUUAGCUAUUUUGGACCUAGAUUUGAAGUUCACAUUAAAUACUUGACAAGUCACAUUAAAUACUUGACAAUUCUCACUUUAAAAAAUAUCCAUAACUGACAGAAACUACCAAAUAUCCAAAUAUUUUCUAGUGGUUUAUUCACUUUAUACAUAACAAAACCCUAGCAAAACCAACAAAUUUAGAUUCACAUAUUCAUUAAGCAGUGCAGCUUUAAAAAAAAAAAAGGUAGUUCUACAUAAAAUCUGAAAGCGUUACAUACAGUUUAAAUACUUGUGUUGAUUCAAUUAUAUGAAAUAUAAAAGUGUAUUUAUGCUUUUUUCCAGGCUCUGGAUAAGUAUUGCCGGACUGAGAGUGGAUUUUCUGGGAUUAGAGAUGUUUACACUACAACACCAAACCAUGAUAAUGUUCAACAAAGUUUUUUCAUGUCAGAAACAUUAAAGUAAGUAUCCACAACUUGGCUUUCACAAUACCACUGUGUGUUGUUGGUUCAUUUGGUCAUCUACUAUUUUACCUCUGUGUUUUCAUUGUCUUUUUGUGGGGAAAACAAUGAUGAUCGGACUGUAGUGGGUAUGGUACUUGGAGUAUUGGAGUAUUCCUUUUAAUACUUGUUAUGUAUGGGAUAAGCAAAAAUUGUAUUAAAAAUCCUGGAAAGUGACAGUUCCCAUUUAAAGCAGAAAUACUUUAUCCUUUUUUCACUUACUUCACGUGUCAGUUGAUGAUUUGUAAUAACAGUCUCUCGGUUGUUGUUUUUUUUUUUUUUGUUUUUUUUUAGAUACCUCUAUUUGUUGUUUUCAGAUGAUGACUUGUUAUCAUUAGAAGACUGGGUAUUUAAUACUGAAGCACAUCCGCUGCCAAUAACCCGUCAAAAAUCAGUUUGAAGCACAAGAGAACUAUCCACAUCUACUUCGUGUUUUUAUCUGAAGUUGAAAUUUUCAUACAAAAUAAAAUAUAUUUUAUGAGAUAAUUUGGGAUAACAAUAAUUAAAUAAGAUAGAAAUAGUCACAACAUUUUUGAUUUGUUAAAUUCAGCACUAAAAUAAAUGGUGGCCUUUUGCAGAAGAUAUCUGCCAUUAGUAUUUUUUUUAAUGAAACAAAUAACUAAUACAAAAGAGCUUACAUAUGUCUUAGUUGUUGUCUAUUUGGCUUCUCCUUGAUAGUGCAUCAUGUAAUCAUAAUUUGUUAACUGCAUGUAACAUGUUUAUUUUGCCCUGCAUUAUGCCUUUAGUGUAGUUUACAAUUUCUUCAUUAGAUACAGCUUAAUACAUUGUCUUAAAUGAAAUGCAAAAAUUAAUAUACUAAAUGCAAGAUGCUCUUUAGUAAACAGUAUUACUAAAGUUAUUAUUACACAAAAAUUUUCAUUUUGCGUUUUCUUUCAAAAAGCACAUAUAAUAAAGUGUAAGUGCUUACGAUGUAUGCAAAAUAACAAGUACAUUUUUUAAUGGUGCGUCUGAACGCAUAAAAGACAUACAGGGUUACUUACAAAAGUGAGCAAUGCCGGGACUUCAAAAUGGCACAGAUUUAAGGCAAAACUAGCAAAAUUAAAAACAGGAUUGACUUGGGGAAUUUUCUCUUAUUUAGAUAUUUUGGCCCAAAUUCACUUUUAAUUCACUUUGAAUUCUUAGCAGUUCUCCCUUUAGUGAAUAACCCUGGGAUAUUCAUCCCAUUUUAAGGAUGUCAGUUGAAUCAGUUAUUAAUAGCACCAUACAGUUUCCCCAUCAAAGCCCUACUCAGAUUUUUUAUUUUUAUUUUUUUAUUUCUCCUCCAAGUGUUGCUUAAAAGACACAUUUACUUUACCGACUUAAGAGCUUCUGUAGAAAACGUGGAAACUGGAGUAGUGUCCACCAAUACAGAGAAUAUUCUCCAGCUUAGCAUAUCUCCAGCACAAUAAGUAUUCUUUAAAAGGAACCUUGUACAGAAUGAUCUUGACACCUUUAGGACAUUUUAAGAAAGUGUCCCUAGAUAAUGAAUUUGACUUAUAAAUGCCAUUAGAUUGUGUGAUACAUGUGUUAUUUAAGUCAUCUGUAAAUUUUGCGUUUUUUGGUCUUGUUUGUAGUUUGUUAAAAUUGUUAUUAUUAUUAUUUUAUUAUUUAUUUAGCGCCAUCACAUUCCGUAGCGCUGUACAUUGGGUGAACUAACAGACAUGUAAUUUUAACCAUACAAUUUGACAAACAGGAACAGAGAGGAGGAGAGCCCUGCUCAAUGAGCUUACAUUCUAGAGGGAGUGGGGUAUGGUGACACAAAGGGUAAAAGUAGGAGUACAAAGUAGGUUGUUAGAAAAGUAUUCACUGAGGGCUAAGUAGGUAAUUUUUGACAGUUGCAGGAGAGGAGUCAUGGGGGUGGGGGAUAAAAACCUGCUAACAGUUUAAAUGAUAUGCUUUCUUGAAGAAUUGAGGUUUCAAUGAUUUUUUGAAUGAGUGGAGACUGGGUGAAAGUAUUACGGAGAAGGGAAGAGCGUUCCACAGAAAAGGUGCAGCCCUGGAGAAAUCUUGGAGGCGAGCAUCAGAGGUGGGAGUAUGGACAGAGGAUAGACGUAGGUCUUUGGCAGAGAGUAGGGGCCGCGACGGGACAUACUUGUGUAUUAGGGAGGAUAGGUAGGUUGGAGCAGCAUUAUGUAGGAACUUGUAAGCAAGCACCAGAAUUUUAAAUUGAGCCCUAUAUUUAACUUGAAGCCAGUGCAGGAACUGACAGAGCGGGUAGGCGUGGGAGGUACGAGCGGACAGGAAAAUGAGCCUCGCCACGCAUUCAUUAUAGAUUGCAGCGGUGCAAUCUGGGAACACUUAAAAUUACUGAGAAGGGUAUUGGAGUAGUCAAGGCGAGAGAGAACAAGAGCAUGGACUAGCACCUUAGCCCCAUCUGGGGUUAAAUAGGGGCGAAUGCGCGCUAUGUUUUUGAGAUGGAAGCGACAGGAUUUGUUGAUUGAUUGGAUAUGAGGGGUGAGGAGAGGUUGGAGUCAAAAAGAACACCCAUUACCCAUUACUAUUUAUCAGUCUACCUUUAAGACAAUAUAGUUCCUAUAAUUUAUUCUGGAACUAUGUUUGAAAUUUUCAGGUCUCUUGUCUCGGUUACAUUCACUAACCAGUCAUAUGUCAGCUAAACACAAGUAAUAAAUUAGUGAAAAAAACACAAACGUGAAUGGACUAAAUAAAAAUGUAUUUACAUAAUAAAUGCCAUGAAACCUCCAAUAUAAAUUUAAAGACAUAUUUAGAAAAGCCACAUUAAAGGACCACUAUAGUGCCAGGAAAACAUACUCGUUUUCCUGGCACUAUAGUGCCCUGAGGGUGCCCCCACCCUCAGGGCCCCCUCCCAUGGCGCUGAAGGGGGAGGAAGGGGUUAAUCCCUUACUUACUUUUCCUCCCUCUUCUUCCGUCAUCGGCUGAAUGCGCAUGUGCGGCACUAUGGACGCUGGCAUCUUCUCACUGGGAAAAUCACAAUGAGAAGCGCGGAAGCGCCUCUAGCGGCUGUCAAUGAGACUAGAGGCUGGAUUAACCCAUAGGUAAACAUAGCAGUUUCUCUGAAACUGCUAUGUUUACAGCAGAAUGGGUUAAACCUAGUAGUCUGGGUGCCUAUAGUGGUCCUUUAAUAACUAACUGAGCAAGAGAUAUUGGAGAUAUGAAUAAUAAUUUAUUCUCAUCUACAAACAGAUGACCAACAGAUUUAUUCACUGAACAAUUAAUUUAUGCAAAUGAAAACUUAAUAGUUUUUUUUUCACUACUGGUGAACCGAAAACAAAAUUAAUUUCAAAAGCCAGGUCAAGCUAGCCAUUUUGCAAAAAUAGCUGAAUGUAUGCAAGUUUGAACAAAAAAAACAUUUUUGUAAAAAAAAAAAAACUUAUCACAGACCUUCCUUUGAUGUUUUGCUAAAUUUCAUGUAUAUGGGAAAUUAUAUAACUAGUAAUUAUAAAAUCUUAAAUUGUAUUUUAGUUUUUAUUUUUACAUUUUGCAAGCACUUUCCUUAGUAUGAAUGGAAGGGGUGGAACAUUUUUGUGUGUUUGUUAAACUUGGUUACCCACAAUCACAUCUAAUCUCCCUUUUUAUUGAUUUGCAUUAUAUAUUAAUUUAAAUUUUGCUUUUCUACUCACUGCACAUUACUUGAGACUGAGAAACAAGUGAGUCAAUUGCUUAUUAAUCUAUGCCUUGGAGCAAGAUUCUUUCAAUACGUUAAAGAGGGCCAAUGUCCAUCAGUCAACAGCAUUAUCAUGAUUGAAAUAUCUAAAAUGUUCAGGAAAUAAUUUAUAGCACCAAGGUAAUAUAAAUGCAACUAGGGAAAUUACAAUCUCAUAUUCAAUAUUUAUUGACACAUUAAUGGCAGCCAAUGAGCCAAUAACAAUGUCGAUGUGAUCGCAAUCUCACAAUUCUGAUUUGUUCCGGCAACACUUUUAGUAUAAUUAGUAUAGUGAAAAAUGGCACUAUACCUUAUAUUAAACACUUAUGUUUUGGUGAUCACAACCUUGCCGAACAAUUAUUGAUACUUUAACAAGACCAUCAAAAUCUCACACCUCAAAGUACAUAAAAAGGACUUUUCUAAUGAAUAACCUUCACGAGAAGAAUGAACACUGCAAACACCACCAGUGACUUGAACAAGCAACAGCACACCUAUCACCUCUUAGCAGCACCAAUGCAUUUGUCUGACUUGAACCGUCAACCUGUGAUGUAAGUGAAAACUUGUUAAAACUUGUAUUAAUAUUGGCCUAUCAAGUUCAACAUUGCAUGAUUAAAGACGAAAUCCCAGUUCCAGCAUUUGUUUAAGACAAAACCCUUAUUUGACUAGGGUAGCAGUAUCAGCACAAAAAUAGUGAUGGAUUUGAUAAGUGUGAAGCAAUACCAUCCAAAUAACAGAAAAUAUAUUCGAUCAGUUACUGAUACCAGAAUUGUAAUUGAGGCCAUUAUCUAUACGUGCUCGUGGUAUAAUUUUGCAUUGCAUUUUCCAGAAAUGAAAUAUGAAAAUGAACUCCUUUACUCUAAAGGAGCACUCUAAGAACAUAACCACUACAGCACGCUGUAGUAGUUAUGGUGACAGGAGUGCCAUGGACCUCUCUAUUUGUAAGGAGUCAAAUAUGAUUUCUUACUUGAGGCCUGCUUGGGAGAGUUCCCGCCUCCAUUACAGUAACAGGGGAGCCGUAGUCUCAUUUCCUCAAUCUUUAACACUCCAAACAAAAUAAUCACAACCGAAUGCCCACCUCCCAGCAUUAGCUCUUUGGAUGAGAGAAUCAGCUGAUCACUGCUAGGUUUAUCCAAGUCAAAUAAUUUCUGGCUCAAAUACACAAUCCAUCAACUUUUCAAUUAUUUGUUAAACAUUUGGUUUUAUAUUUUAUUGAAUCCUCUACAAGUUCAUGUGACACAAAAUAAUCUGAAAUGCUUUGCUGCUUAAACGGACAAAAAAAAUUACAAAAGAAUUGAACUAUAAGAAAAAUUUUCAACAAAAUAUUCAAUUCUACUUUUUCCCAGUUUAGUCACUAAAUCCAUUGUGUGUUUUUAUGUGCUUGGUUGGAACUAUUGCUAAAAUAAUAAAAUGAACUAGCUCCUUUUUCAUACUUUUCUUUGGACACUGUUUGGUCAGUGUGGAACAAGCAACUUUUAAUUAUUAAAGUAUAUUAAGAAUCUCAUAUCAUUAUGAGUUACGAGGCAAUUAACAAGUGCCAUAUAUCAGAAAUAUGUAUUUUUACAUUAUCUAUGUUUAUUGUAUGCAGUAUUGAAAG